AUGACUGUGGCAUUGUGCUUUGUUGCGGGCGCAAUCGAAACAGUCGAAAUGAAACCAAUUCUUUUUGAAAUUACGGCGGAUUCAUCGUUAAAAACAGUAAUAUUUGCUGAUAUUGAUAAAUAUAGUCGAAUGAAAGGUGAACAAGAAGUAUUGUUUAGUUUAGGAGCAGUAUUUAAAAUAGAUUCAUUUGAAUUUGAUUCAUUAGUCCAAUUAUGUAAAAGUCGAAUGACAGCAACAGAUGAAGGUUCGCACGAUGUAGAAGGAUAUUUGAAAGUGCAACAACGAGAAAUGGACGAAAUAAGUUCAACAAUUUUAUUUGGUCGUAUUCUUAUGAAUGACAUGGAUCAAACUAAAAAAGCUGAAAAAUAUUUCUUUAAAUUACUACAAACAUUACCCAAUGAAAAGUACUCAAACUCUCAAUGUUUUGGAAGUCCCGCAGUAUUGAAAAUGUGA